AUGGAAAAACUCAACAUGUUGGCAUUGAUUGUGUUGGAUGUUAAGAAUGCAUUUCUUCAUGGCGAGCUCAAAGAGACUGUGCACAUGCAUCAACCAAUAGGUUACCGAGACCCAUCUCAUCCUGAUUAUAUGUUUGUUUAUUGCGCAAGUCUUUAUAUGGGCUUAAGCAAGCACCACCAGCUUGGUAUAAAAGAUUUGCUGAUUAUGUAUCUUCUAUUGGUUUUUUCUAAUAGCAGGUCUGACAACUCUUUAUUUAUCUACAAAAAGGGGCAUGAAAUGGCCUACAUUCUUUUAUAUGUGGAUGAUAUUAUUCUCACUGCCUCAUCUGAUGCUCUUCGCCGUUCAAUUAUGACUCUUCUGGGUACCGAGUUUUCCAUGAAGAACUUGGGCCCGUUGAACUACUUUCUUGGCAUUGCUGUUACUCGACACAAGGGGGGCAUGUUUCUUUCACAGAGAAAAUAUGCUGAGGAUAUCAUUGAACGUGCAGGAAUGUCAUCUUGUAAGCCAACUUUUACUCCGGUCGACACAAAGCCAAAACUAAGUGUUUCUUCAGGUGAUCCGUAUGAAGAUCCUACUCACUUCCGUAGCCUUGCAGGUGCUCUUCAGUAUCUCACAUUCACCAGGCCUGAUAUCUCUUAUGGUGUGCAGCAAAUUUGUCUUCAUAUGCAUGCUCCUCGUGAUACGCAUAUGCUUGCUCUUAAACGCAUCAUUCGGUAUAUUAAAGGUACUCUGGAUCAUGGUUUGCAUCACUACCCAUCAUCUAUAACUAAUUUGGUUUCCUAUACAGAUGCUGAUUGGGGGGGGAUGUCCAGAUACACGACGUUCAACGUCCGGAUAUUGCGUAUUUUUGGGAGAUAA